UCGGACUAGGCUCCCGAGGCGGGUCCCUGGGUCGCUCUUCCACGCUCCACAGAGCUCGCCCGGGAACGGCUGCGGGGCGGAAGUGGUGUGAGCUCUUCCGGCCACCCUCGGGUCCCCGCCCCCCAAGUUCCGCAUGGGUCAUCUCUUCCUCCGCAGCCUCCUCUUCUUGGCGCUCCCCUCCACGCCUCUGCGGGCCUCUCGCCGGCUGGGCCUGGAACCCGCCCCGUCCUCCAAGCGGCCCCGCGCUGAACCUAUGGCGCCGGCUCGGCCCCGCAUCGGGACCCACAACGGCACCUUCCAUUGCGACGAAGCGCUGGCGUGCGCGUUGCUGAGGCUGCUGCCCGAGUACCGGGAGGCGGAGAUCCUGCGCACCCGCGACCCGGCGCUGCUGGCCACCUGCGACGUUGUGGUGGACGUGGGUGGCGAGUACGACCCGCAGAGGCACCGCUAUGACCACCACCAGAGGUCCUUCACCGAGUCCAUGAGCUCCCUGCGGCCCGGGAAGCCGUGGCAGACGAAGCUGAGCAGCGCGGGACUGGUCUAUCUGCACUUCGGCCAGAGGCUCCUGGCCCAGCUGCUGGGGACCAGCAUAGAUGACCGAAUUGUGGAUACGCUCUAUGACAAGAUGUAUGAAUAUUUUGUGGAGGAAGUAGAUGCAGUGGACAAUGGGAUCUCCCAGUGGGAGGGAGGAAAGCCUCGCUAUGCACUGACCACUACCUUGAGUGCUCGGGUUGCCCGACUUAACCCUACCUGGAACCAGCCAAAUCAGGACACAGAGGCAGGCUUUCACUGUGCUAUGAACCUAGUACGAGAGGAGUUUGUACAGAGAUUGGAUUUCUAUAAGCGAAGCUGGUUACCUGCCCGGGCCCUUGUGGAGGAAGCCCUGGCAAAUCGCUUCCAGGUGGACCCAAGUGGAGAAAUUAUAGAACUCUCUCAAGGUGGUUGUCCCUGGAAGGACCAUUUGUUUGAUCUUGAACCCGGGCUGACCCCUUUAGUGCCCAUUGCAUUUGUUCUCUAUCCUGAUCAGAAUGGACAAUGGCGGGUACAAUGUGUACCAAAAGAACUGCACUCCUUUGAAAGCAGACUGCCCCUGCCUGAACAAUGGCAGGGCCUUCGGGAUGAGGCCCUGGACCAGAUGAGUGGGAUUCCUGGCUGCAUUUUUGUUCAUGCCAAUGGCUUUAUCGGUGGGCACCGCACCAAAGAAGGUGCCCUGAGCAUGGCCCGUGCCACUCUGGCCCAGCGCCUAACACCUCUGCCUUCUGCUGAAUGUCAAUAAAAUUCUCAGCACAGUGA